AUGGCAGCAACUCGGAAGAUCAGCACGACCUCCCUACGCAACAUCCGGGAUCUUUCCAAAGGCGAAACGAUUGAAUUUUUACGCAAGCACAUUAACCCGAACUUAAAAUGCAUCGAAGAUCUGGGUACCGGUGUUGACCUUUGCCUGGCCAUGAACCAACUAUUUCCCAAUUCGUUCGAUCUGCAUAAGCUGAAGAAGGGCUCACACCUCAGUGAAAACGACAAGCGGAAUAAUUUCAAUCUCCUUCGAGAAGCCUUCAAGACAUCGGGCAUCAACAAGAACUUCCCAUCAGAGGUCAUGAUGCAGCAAAACUUUCAAUCGAAUUUUUACUUUGCUCAGUGGUUCGUGCGAUUUUUCGAGGCCAACCAGAAGCGAGGCGACAAAGACAACAACAACGUGAAAAGCAAGGUGCCGACGAAAUCACGAAAAAACAUUCAAGGAGGAGCCAGACUGAUGCCGAAAGAAUCCACUCCGAGAAGCCCCAAGAGUGAAAAUCGAUCAUCAGAGAUUCUGACUCCUACGGUAGUGUUAACAAAAGCAAUACACAGAAAGCCAGUACUGUACCGAAGUUUGGCUUAUGGAAAAUUCAACUACUCGUUACCAGUAGAGAUCAUCUGCAAAGAGCAGACAACUCAGACGGAAGAGAGCUUAAGUCUUGAAGACAGAGUUGAAAGACUUGUGGAAACCCAAAGACAGUUGCAGCGGAUCGGCAUGGAACAAAUAGAAUGCAUCCAGAAUCUGCAGAAAGAUAACGAGAACCUUGCCGAAUCUUUGGAACAUACAAAUUUGCAGAAAUCUUAUUUUCACAAGAAGCUGGACCAGAUUGAAGAAAUAUGCGAAGACUGUCCUACUGAGUCUUUGCGGAUAUCGUUGAAACGGGUUUUGUACGAGGAAGGUCUUCCUAUGUAA